AUGCGGCUGCUGCAUACCUCGACUCUGCAGCUAGUAGAUUUUCCAAGCAAUCAGAUCCCGGACUAUGCCAUUCUUUCGCACACAUGGCAAGAAGAUGAAGUUCUCUUCGCUGACAUGCUAUCAGCCAAGGCUCGAGAGAAAAAGGGAUACGAAAAGGUUCGAAGCUCUUGUGAAGAAGCUCUCCGCCGUGGGCUGGAGUACAUCUGGAUUGAUACCUGCUGCAUCAACAAAGACAGCAGUGCCGAGCUUUCUGAAGCCAUCAAUUCCAUGUAUAAGUGGUACGAAAAGGCUAUCAUUUGCUUUGCUUAUCUUGCAGAUGUGCCCGCAGACACAUCUUUCGAAAUUUCAACGUCGGCCCUGACGGGUAGCAGAUGGUUCCAAAGGGGCUGGACUCUACAAGAGUUGAUUGCGCCAUCAAACAUGAAUUUCUUCUCGUGUGACUGGACUGAGAUCGGCAGCAAGCUCUCACUGCGUGGGAUCAUAUCGACGAUAACCGGUAUCAAUGAGGAUAUUCUUGCCGGUGUUUCUGGCUUUGACAGUGCAAGUGUGGCAAAGAGAAUGUCUUGGGCAUCUCGAAGAAUCACAACCCGAAUCGAAGACAGCGCAUAUUGUCUUAUGGGACUCUUCGAAGUCAAUAUGCCUAUGCUUUAUGGAGAAGGCGAGAAAGCCUUCUUGAGGCUGCAGGAAGAAAUUAUCAAAAACUCGGACGACCAGUCUCUCUUUCCUUGGAUCGAUCCCAAACUACCAGCAGACUCUCAUCAUGGGCUUUUUGCGAACUCGCCUGCAUGUUUCGCAGAGUCAGGCGAUGUGUUUCCAUACUGCGAAGGGGAAGCUAGCACUCCAUACUCGGUCAGCAACAAAGGUCUCCGGAUUGAACUCCAUCUCCGUCAUCAUAAAGACGACCUUUAUUUUGCAGCGCUCCGUUGCCCGGCGCCUCCAGAUUAUGUGCAGUUUUUGGGUAUCUAUGUGAAGCGUGUUCCUACUGGCCAUCUUCAGUACACAAGAGUGAAGCCUCAAAGUGUCUACAAGACUGGUCUUAGAGGAAAGCUUGAAACACUUUAUGUACGCAGCUCACCUUCAAACAGGCCCCAAGAUUUCUAUCCUACACAUGUAUUUCAGCUUCGAAACGGCCUACUUCGUGAAUGUGAGCUGGUUGUAAUCAUCUGGUAUUCCGGCCCAAAUUACUCUGCGCCGCCUGCUAUUGAGUGCAAGCAAAAAAACGCGUUCGAUGUUGGGUUUGACGUGACGACCAGCAUUCAUGAUAAUUGUCUUUCCAAGGAGACUCAGAAGAUAUUCAGUCCAAAAGCACCGGGGACCUGUAUGGAACUCGGUAAACUCAUGGUUUGCGUCAAUGUGCAGCCGCAGAUGCAAAACGGGAUCAAGUACUAUCUGGUGGACCUCGUUGUUGAACCAACUGGCCGUGAGCCAAGUCCUCAAGAUGGACGUAUUGCCGAAGUUUUGAGUUCUAAGGAGGAUAGAUUAGGCAGUACUGUCAAACUUUCUGGUCAUCGGUGGAAGCAUUCCUUUCCGUGGAAGGAUAAACAGCCGAGACUCGAGCCAGAACUGAGCUCUUUGCGCUCCAAAGAGCAUGUCAAUACCUCUGAUUAA